AUGGACUCUGAUAAUAAUUUUACAACUUCAAUCAAUGCUUUUAAUACAGUUGUAGAUUCUGAAAAUGUUGUAGAUUCAGAUGAUGUUGCAGAUUCUGAUGAUAUCGCAACUUCAUCAAGUACUAUAGGUUUACAAGAUGAUUCAGAAAAUAAUGAAUUUACAAUUCUAUCUAAGAAUUUUGUAUUUGAAGCACAGAAAGAAGCAAUGGUGAAUCAUAUAGCAACUAUCUGUCAAAAAAUAUUAGCUGAAGAUAAAAUACUUUAUAUGCAAAAAAUUAAUAAAAAACAUUCUAAAAAUAUAGUUAAGUCUUACCCGAAUGAAGAUAUAGAUAUGUCUUCAAAAAGUGUAAAGCUAUUUUGA